AUGCCCCGAAUAGACUCCAAAACAAUCUCACAGGCAACAAAGUUCUCUCGUUUUUUGCCAUGGUUGUUGCGAGCCUCUCGAGGUUCAAUUGUUGAGGCCAAAAAGGAGCUCCGUUGGAUUAAGUCUGAACUGCCCAGAAGCAAAUGGGAAAGGGCUUGUCAGGCUCGGCACAGGCUGGUGCCUUUGCAGUAUAUUUUGGGAAGCCAGCCUUUUGCUCAUGAUCUUACCAUCAAAUGUCGGCCAAACGUGUUGAUACCGCGAAACGACACCGAGGACUGGUGUGUCGAACUGGAGCAGAUACUAUGUGAUAUCAGGAAACCACUAAAGGCUCUGGACGUGUGUUCUGGAUCAGGAUGUAUAUCACUCUCGCUGGUCAGCAGUCGAGCAAAAUUUUCACACGUUUAUGGCAUAGAUGUUUCUCGUGACGCCUUGGAACUGGCUAAUGAGAACUUGAGGAUCAAUAGUCACCAACUACAGCGAUCGAACCCCAAGUGCAUCAUGAAGUAUGUUAGAGGUGACAUUUUGAAUGAGAAAUUGAGCGAAAUACUCGGAACUGGAGCCAAAUCGUGGGAUAUUAUUGUGUCAAAUCCCCCUUAUAUCACGGUUGAUGAGUUGGCCUCUUCCAGUCUGGAGAAAUCAGUGAAACUAUACGAGCCCAUGUUGGCUCUAGAAGGUGAUCUGGAGUUUUAUGACGAGUUGGUGAAGUUAACGAUUGAGGCUCAAGCCAGAGCCUUUGUUUUCGAGCUCGGGAAUAUCAGGCAGGCCAAGCGAGUGGCAGAACUACUUCAUUUGAAAGAUUCUAGUUGGAUAUUCGGCAUACGAAGGGACAGUGGAGGUAUAAGGAACGUUAUUGGCUGGAAGCGAGACUCCGAAUUUACAAGUUUAGAUAAAUUGUGCCACGAACAACUUCAGUGA